AUAUCUGAAGUUCAAAAUUCUGGUUACCUUGUUGAAUAUGAAUAUGUAGAUUACAAACUUUCAGAAGAUGAUACCAAUCUGGUUCCAGUAAUUGAAAAUGGUGAUGAACUUGUAUCAGAAAAUAGUAACUCAGAUAAUAAAUUUGAAUUAAGUAAUGAACCAGAAGACAUGAGGAUAGAAUUUGAAAUGAAAAUAGUGUGUGCUGAAAAAGAAGAUAAUAUUUUUGUUC